AUGUCGAGGCCCGCGUGGAACGGUGCCUUGAAGAAGACGUCACCGCCGCCGUACGAGUCGCCGGCUCUGCUGGAGAGGUCAUCGCGCGCCAAGGAUCCCUCUGAAGAAGACCCCGGCGCGCGGCCCGCGAGACUCGGCGCGGAUCACCAGAGCGACGACGCGGAGAAGGGAAGCGCGGAGGCGGCGCUGCUGAAGUACGGCAAGCGCGUCGCUCACGGCGACGCGCGCAAACAUGACAAGCUGUCGAGCCUCAUACGAGCCGUCCAAGAACAAAAGGAGCAGCUCACGGCCGAGCGCGAGAAAGCGGUGCGCUGCUACCGCGCGGAGCGUCAGAGGCUGAAGGCGAUGCAGCAGCAGACCUUGGUGCUGUACACGCGCUUGAAGGCGGCGAAGAAGAUGCCCCCAGGCAGCCUCGCGCCGUCGCCGGGGACGCCCUUUCGCGCGCGCGGCGACGCGGACGACGCGGACGACGCGGACGACGCGGCCGUCACGGACUCGGGAUCGAGCGCGCUCGCGGUGGCGCUAGGGCGCGGGUUAGGCGCGGGGUCCUUGGGCGCGAGAAUGAUACUCACGGUGUGGCGCGGGUGGGCGCGGAAAGAAGCGGUUCUCGCGAGACGCGUGGAGGGACUCCAACGUCGAUGGCUUCGCGGUCGUACGAAAGCGUGGCUGCGCGGAUGGCAAUCGCAGACGGCGACGAACGAAGCGCUCGUGAUCGCCGCGCACGCGUCCGUGCGACGGUAUCAGCGGAGAUGCCAGCGCAGGGUGUUCGUCGCGUGGCGCGGGUUAUCCGCCGGUCUCGCCGCGCACGAACUCGCGCUGAUGGACUCGACGAAGUUGUUCCCGCCCGGUUCGCCCGCCGCGGGCCUGGCCGCGAUCGCGGCGAUGUCCAGGAGCAGCGCGCCGAGCGGGGGGCACGGUGGGAGGCGAGCCGCCGCGGUGAACGCGGCUCUCGCGGCGAUGGGGGGGACGACGUCGGGUGCGAACGCGACGGCGCGAGAGGGGAGGUACGACGUCGCUCACAUUUUAUCUCUGGACGACGACGUCGACGUAGACGCGGAGGAAUGGGACAUCAGAGUCGACGCGGAUGAUAGCGAAGACGACGACGACGAUGACAUCAUCGGACGCGGGGUCAAGAGCUUGCGAGGUUUGAUCGGGCGUGAGGAUCGAGAUGGGUCUGAGCGCGGCGGAGAGAGGAGAAGGCUGCGGUUUGAGUCGACAUCGGCGAAACCGACCGAGGCGCCGAUCGACCCGUCGAGCAGUGGCACCUCGGAUAGCUCGUCCGACAGCUCAUCCGAGAGUUCGUCGUCGUCGUCGUCGUCGUCGUCGUCGGGUAGCUCGUCGUCGUCGUCGUCGUCGAGCGAGGAGAGCGCGGCGACCGCGUCGGCGGCGGCAGAGGAGAAGACGCGGAGUAAACCGUCGCACCGGAGGUUUGGAUCCGAGUUUGAGAUCGACGUGGACUCGCUUUCGUUGACGAGCUCGAAUCCGCCGUCGACGCAGCCGUCUCCAGAGACCGCGGAGGCGCUGGCUCGCGCGCGCGCGGCCGAGCAAGAGAUCGAACUGAUGAAGGCUUCGCAGGCGGAGGCUGCCGCCGCGGCUGAGCUCAGAAGAGUGGCCGCGGAGGAAGCGCUCGCGCGCGCGGAGGCGGCGGAGGCGGAGCUGACGAAGCUAAAAAUCGCAAAGGCGGCGACGACGGUGGAGUCAAGAGCAGCGGUUGAGAAAGCGGAGGGAGAGCUCAAGAAACUAAAGCUCGCGAAGGAUGCGGCGACGACGGCCGCGGCAGACGAGGUCUUAGCUCGCGAGGCGACCGAGCGAAGGUUGAAGAAACUCCAGAGCGUUCACGCUGAGUCCACCGCGGCGACGGAGCGAAAACUCAAGGAAUCCGACGAGAAGGCAAAGGCGCUGAAGGAAGAGAACACCGCGCGUCGCUGGCUAUCCGUCGUCGGUUCAUCUUCGCCGAAGUCUGCGAAAGUUUCUCAGACUCGAUCCGAUGCGUCUGAUCUUCGGAUCAAAGUACCCGCGCCGCCGGCGGAGCUCGGGGAUAUCUCCAUCGACGUGAUCGAGCCGGGUUUGCCAGACACGCCGACGUCGUUGCCAUCACCCGCGGCGGAUCUUCCGGACACGCCGACGUCGUUGUCAUCACCCGCGGCGGCUCUCCCGGACACGCCGACGUCGUUGACGUCGUCCGCGGCGGCUCUCCCGGACACGCCGACGUCGUUGACGUCGUCCGCGGCGGCUCUCCCGGAUAUGCCCGGUACGCCUUCUUCCCCGUUGGCCGAGUUGCCGGACACGCCGACAUCGCGAAUCGAGGAUACGGAGGAUGAAUCGAGCGUCGUCGUCUACGACGCGGCCUCGAGCCACGCCGACGACGCCCUUCCUGACACGCCGAAAUCGUCCACCAUGGACGACGACGACGACGACGACGACGACGACGAGGGUGCGUUCGCGUUGCCGGACGUUCCGGUCACGAAAGAUGAAGACGCGACGUUACCUGACACGCCGAGGUCGGGGGUCACGUCGUCGUCGAUCGGCGUCGACGAGGACGCGGUAUCGACGGACGAGGCCUUCGGCGACUCGAACGCGACGACGGCUGCCCCGGCGGCGGCGGCGGCGGAAGCGGAGACGGAGGAGAUGUCAUGGCACGAGAUGGUCGGCGCCGAGGCGCCGCCGCCCGACGACGAGAAGAGCACGAAGACGAAGAAGAAGGCGAAGAAGGCGAAAGCGCCCGACGCGAAAGGUUGCGGUUGCGUCGUGAGCUGACUUUAGCAUGUUAACGAUAAAUCUAGCCCGAG